AUGACUAGAAUGUCGAGCAUUUCCUUUGUGCUUUGGCAGCUGUUCAUAAUACUGCCAAUACUUCAUCAAACUUGUUGCCGGAAUCCGGUGGUAGCCUCCGCAAGGGGAGGUAAGUGGGUACCACUUCCAUCGAAUCAGGCACCAAUUGCCGCUCCUGUCGGCAAAUGGGAUUUGCUUCAAGAAAAUAUAGGCAUUCCGGCCAUGCACAUACAACAACUCCACACUGACAAAGUAGUCAUAUUAGACCAAACCACUUUUGGUCCUUCAUCCAAUCUCGCUUUACCGGGUGGCAAAUGCGUAAAUGGUUCAGCAGGAAAAGAUUGCACUGCUCAUUCAGUUGAGUACGAUGUCCUCCAAAACACGGUUCGACCCCUCACCGUACUAACCGAUGUGUGGUGCUCCUCCGGUUCCGUCAUGCCCGACGGAACAUUCUAUCAAACCGGGGGAAACGGUGGUGGCGGAAGCGUUGUUAGAGUGUUGGAAGCAUGCAAUUCCGGCGGUUCAUGUGACUGGAAAGAAACAAAAAAUGCAUUGUCAGCGCCGAGAUGGUAUGCAUCGAACCAUGUUUUGCCCGACAACAGACAAAUCAUCAUUGGCGGUCGCGGUCAAUUCAACUACGAAUAUUAUCCCAAGAAUGACCAAACUAACAAACUGUUUGACCUUCCUUUCCUGCGCCAGACAAAUGAUCCAGAGGAGAACAAUUUGUACCCUUUGGUUAUCCAAAAUGUGGACGGCAAUUUGUUCAUUUUCGCCAACAAUCGGGCCAUCCUGUUAAAUUACAAUACUGGGGCUGUGGUAAAAACCUACCCCGCACUUCCUGAUGGUAAUCCAAGGUCAUAUCCGAGUACGGGUUCAGGGGUACUUCUGCCAUUGAAGAAUCUUCAAGGAAAAAUUCAGGCUGAAGUCUUGGUGUGCGGAGGUGCACCAAAAGGUGCAUAUUUAAAUGCUUUAAAGGGUGUUUUUAUGGGUGCAUUAAACACUUGUGGUAGGAUAACCAUAACCGACCCGAAUCCACAAUGGAUUAUGGAGACCAUGCCAUUGGCUAGGGUCAUGGGAGACAUGCAAUUGUUACCUAAUGGUAACGUCUUGAUCAUUAACGGGGCAGCUAAAGGAGCUCAAGGAUGGGAACUUGCUAAGGACCCGGUUCUUUCCCCGGUUCUUUACAAACCCGAUGCACCAUUGGGAGCUCGAUUUGAAGUGCAAACACCUGCAAGCAGACCAAGAAUGUACCACUCCACUGCAAUCCUGAUUCGCGACGGUCGGGUCCUGGUUGGGGGUAGUAGCUCGCAUGGUGGUUACAUAUAUGUAAAUACACCUUAUCCCACCGAUCUGAGUUUGGAAGCCUUCUCUCCAUCUUAUUUGGAUUCGAGUUUUGAUUUGUUACGGCCCCAGAUUCUUGCACCCGGGUCGCAAUCUCAGAUUGCGUACGGGCAAAAAUUGGUGAUCCGGUUCACAGUCGAUGGACCUUUAGUCCCAUCACUGGUUAAGGUAACAAUGGUUUCACCCUCUUUCACCACACAUUCAGUUUCCAUGAAUCACAGACUGUUGGAACUUAGCACGGUGAAAUCUGCAAAACCUGCUGGUAAAUCAAGGCAUCAAAUAUUUGUUACCGCACCUACAACUACGAGCAUAGCACCUCCUGGAUACUACAUGCUUUUUGUGGUUCACCAAGACAUUCCCAGUGAAGGAAUUUGGGUCCAGUUGCAGUAAACUGACAAUUGAUGAAGCUGGUUGAAUAUGAUUUUCCAAUUUAAUUUUCUUUCUUUACACAGAUAUGUAUAUGGAAUUUAAUAUUUAUUCUACAUUGUGUAAAUGGCCUUUAUCUUCACAUCAAAACAGAAUUUGUAAAUUGAGGAGCAG